UCCAGGGGAGUAGCUUAUUGCUGCUGAGCAACGGAGGAAGAGAAGGCCAGCGCUCUCAGGGCUGGGUUCUACACACACACACCCUCAGCAGCGGCGUACAGCGAAAAGAAAAGGGAUGGCCUAGCUUCGUUGUGCUGCCAGUGGUCUAUCAGCUGCGGUCUGUCCCCUGGACCAGAGGAGGUGUGUAGAAGAGGCAGCAGCAGGGAGCAGAGAUGAGCGUGACCUCCUGGUUCCUGGUGAGCAGCGGGGGAACUCGUCAUCGACUCCCCCGGGAAAUGAUCUUCGUCGGCAGGGAUGACUGCGAGCUCAUGCUGCAGUCUCGUAGCGUCGACAAGCAGCACGCGGUCAUCAACUAUGAGUCGGGGGCCGAUGAACACAAGGUGAAGGAUCUGGGAAGCCUGAACGGGACCUUUGUAAACGAUGUCCGCAUUCAGGAGCAAAUGUAUAUCACGCUGAAGCUGGAGGACAAGCUGAGGUUUGGAUAUGAUACCAAUCUGUUCACGGUGGUGAGAGGAGAGCUCACUGUGCCUGAAGAGGCUCUAAAACAUGAAAAGUUCACCAGUGGCCUCCAGCUUAGCAAGAAGCCAUCCAACGGCGAAACCACUGCCAAGACGACCACGAGCAAUUCUCCUUCUAAGACCCCAACAAAAACGCCAAAGUCACCCAGCAGCACCGCUCCAAAGUCUGUGGAGAGCAGAGCAACAGAUGGGGUCACUUCCUCCAGAGAACAGUCAGCUAAACCUGUGGACUCUCACAAAGCAGAGGAGAGGAUAGGAGGGGACAUUACAGCUCUGCCUCGUGGGACUCCGCUGUAUGGCCAGCCCUCAUGGUGGGGGGAUGGAGAUGCAGAUGAUGAGAACUCCUUCAAACAGGAAACCAAGUCCUCCUCGUCCAAAAAACACGACGGCCCCAUUUCAGAGAGCAAAGAGGCCCGUCGAGGAGAGAAAGCUAAAGAGGACGGCCUUCAUGCAUCCCCUGCUCUCGAUCCCACUUACUUUGAGGUGCCCACAAAGGAAGGUCACAUGGCAACUAAUGGCAUCCAUGAAAUUCCCACCAAGGACACAGAGGAUGCUCCCACUCCAGGCAGCACCACUGCAGCUCAAGGGCACGCCUCCUUCACCAUAGAGUUUGACAGCACCUCUCCGGGGAAAGUCACCAUUAAGGACCAUGUGUCAAAGUUCACAUCGGACCACCACAGGUCACGCACCAAGAAGAGCGCGGCGGGAGGCAAGGACCUCACAACGCUGCAGGCCGCCAUGAUGGCGUCGGAGAGCAAGGUGGCUGAUUGGCUGGCUCAUAACGACCCCACUUUGGUGCGCAGUGAGUCAACAGAGGACGACGGCAAGAGCACCAAGAGCAUCAAGAGCGACGUCCCGGUCCACCUUAAAAGGCUCAAAGUAGGGAGCAAACACGAGGACGGCACCCAAAGCGACUCCGAGAACGGAGUAGGCCUGCGUUUCGCCAACCGUAGACACGCCCUCGAGGAGCGCCUGAAAACGGCACACAACCACGUGGGCGGAGGAGCGGCAGGGGCGACUACGACCGUCAGCGGGACCAGAGCAGCCGGUAGCCGAACGGCCUUCAUGAUCGAGUUCUACGACGAGGAAAACCCUCGCAAGCGUCGGUCUUACUCGUUUUCCCAGACUGCUCCCCUGCUGGGGGGCGGAGUAGGUGGAGAGGGACUGUGUCCUCAGCCUCCAUCUCACCCGAAGGUGUUUAGUAUUUCAACUUCUGCCGCCUCAACUGCAGAUCCAGGUAAAGCUCCCGCUCCAAUACCAGCUACCGUGACUGUGGGCGCUCCCACCGCUGCCCGUGUGCUCCUCAAGCAGAGGUCAGAGGACCAGAGUAUCGGCCGGAGCUCGGCCAGCACUGGGCUGGCAACAGGCAGCCCCACGACCCCUAGCGAGGGUUCAGUCCUCGGCAGAGGAGCGGGAACUGCUGGGGGGGAGGCAGACGACGACCACAGUGAUAAGGGGACCUAUACUAUCGAGCUAGAGAACAAAAACCCAGAAGAAGAGGAGGCCAGGCGCAUGAUAGACAAGGUGUUUGGGGUUCAGGAGAAUGCAAACGCCUCGGUUUUGUCUGACCUAAAAGGAAAAGUAAAGGACUCGGGAGAGACUGGGAAAGAGGCUCUUGUUGGUGACUCAAGCUGGGUCUCUCAGUGGGCCAGUUUAGCUGCUAAUCAAGCAAGGACCGACCCAGAAGGUUCUGGAGCAGAAGCAGCGACAUUCCUGCACAAAGAGCGAGGGUCGGAUGCCUUUGAGUCUGCGCCCCCUCCCCUGGGCAAAGGUGAAUUCUGCUCCAGUCUGACCGACCGUAAACGCAGGACCCUCCCCCAGCUCCCAGUGGAUGACCCCAGGGCUAAAUCCAGUCCCAAAGCACUGAGGUCUGAGAUAGGGGAGAAACAGGACACUGAGCCCCAGGAAAAAGAGAACAAGGGAGACGGAGAGUCCCCCACCCCCAUGGAGGGUUGCGAAAUGACCAACAAACUGAAACAAAGCUCAACCACGUCCUCUCCGUCUAAGGGUCCGACCCGGACCACUGAAAGGAGGAAGAGGUCAGAGGAGAGGAAAGGAGGAGAGGCAGGGGAAGGGGGCGAGAAAUCUGGGAAGCCUCUAGUCCGGCAGGGUAGCUUUACUAUUGAGAAACCCAGUUCAAGUAUCCCUUCAGAGCUCAUCCCUCGUAUCAACAGAGGCAACAAUGGGCGCGAGCGCAGCGACUCUGUGGGCAGCAUGGAUACAGCUACUCUGCUUAAGGACACAGAGGCUGUCAUGGCGUUCCUAGAGGCUAAGCUGAGAGACGAGAACAAACUAGACCAGAAAGGUGGUAAAGCUACAGGCCCCAGCCUCCCUGCCCGGACUGACUCCAUCUCUCCCGAAUCAGAUGUGGACACAGCCAGCACAGCUAGUCAUGCUGCUGCAGAGGCAGGCGGGAAGACCGCAGCCGGCAGCAUGCAAAAGCGAAAGUCUCUCAGCAGCAUGCAUCGGGAAAAGAGCAAUAUGAGCACAGCUUCUAAGACGGCCUCUGGAAACGGCAGCGCCCGUGAACGCUUGGAGAGGAAGGCUAAAGGUAGAACGGCCGAAGCGACGACCCGGACCGACACGCGUCGCUCCGCUCAGCCCUCGUCUGCUUCCUCCAGAGCACGGCAGCCUUCUCUGGAUCUCACCGAUGACGACCAGACCUCUUCGUUUCCCAUCUCUGACAUUCUUUCUUCAGACCAGGAAACCUAUUCUGGGCCUUUGGGGAACUCAGCACAUAGAAGAGGGUCUGAAGAUGUCCUCUGUUCCAACAGCAGGUCUUCCAAAACGUCCAUGAGCGGUGCGUCCAAAUCCAGCCGAAAUCUGCAGGCAGCAACAGCCUCCUCGCUCAGCAAGCAGGCCUCUCUGCCUCAGCCACGCCCCACCAGAGCCUCCCUUCUCCGCCGUGCCCGACUGGGGGAUACAUCUGACACGGAUCUGGCUGAUGCAGACCGGGUUUCUGUAGCCUCCGAGGUUUCCACGACAAGCUCCACCUCUAAGCCACCAACCGGCCGGAAGGGGAUGACCCGGCUGGACCUGCUGGCUCAGCCGCGGAAGAACCGUCUGGGCUCCAUCUCAGCGCGCAGCGACUCUGAGUGCACAGUGAACCGGCCCUCCGCUUCUUCGGCCCGCCUGUCCGCAGAGACCGCUCUUCGUCUCGGCUUGCGCUCCUCAACACCCACAGAGAAUCGGCUGACGCCGAGGAUGAGAGCCAACAGUGUGUCAAAACUCAACGAGCCCAAGGCCAAAACCACUACAUCUGGAUACUGCUCGCCCACAGAAAGCUCUCAGCCUGAACCUGCAGAUGGGGAUGCUGAGGAAGAGCUAAUGGUGUCCAGCAGCAGCAGGUGGCGCCGCCUGCCGCCCGAGUACGGCUCCACGUCUGAGGAAGAGUUCGGCUCCGGCCGCAACUCUGCCAAGCACGGGGUUCGCUCCCACGUCCGGCCGCAUCAUCUCGUCCAACACCGCGGCUCGCGGCUCGGCUCCACCACGAGCUCAGGAGCCCCGGGUGUGGCGCCGAGUCCCGGCGGAGCUGCCAUCAAACACCGCAUGAAGGAGCAAGAGGGCUACAUCAGGGACUGGACCGCUCACAGCGAAGAAAUAGCCAGGUUAUUCCCCUGUGUGCGCAGGAUCAGCCAGGACCUGGCUAAGGACUUGGCCAUCUUGGCUCGUGAGAUCCACGACGUGGCCGGUGAGAUCGAUUCGGUCAGCUCCUCCGGCACCGCCCCGAGCACCACCGUCAGCACGGCUGCCACCACCCCGGGCUCGGCCAUCGACACCCGGGAAGAGGUAGGCCCUGCACGUCCCGCGCAGCCGGACACACAGGAGAGCAUGAAACAGCUGGUGGAUCGAGUGUUUGAUGAGAGCCUCAAAUUCAGGAAGAUCCCUCCAGUUAUCUCAUCCAAUAAGCCGCCAGAGAUUAACGGAAAGCCUGUGGAGCACCAGCCCCGGGCUCCUGACAGCCGGGAGCCACGGGCCCUAAGGAGGCGCACCUGGAACCGAGAGGAGGCGGUCUUGGACAGCCUCCUGAUCCACUCGGUAUCUCAGCUGUCAACCAAGAUCAGACACUCUGUUGACAGGACAGCAGGAAAGAUCAGGAUCUUGUUCAAAGACAAGGACAGAAACUGGGAUGACAUUGAGUGUAAGCUGAAGACGGAGAGCGACGUUCCACUUCUUAAAACCUCCAACAAGGAAAUCUCUUCGAUUUUUCUGGAACUAAAGAGAGUUGAGAAACAGCUCCAAGUGAUUAACGUGAUGGUGGACCCAGAUGGGACUCUGGACGCCUUGGCCAGCCUCAGCCUGAGCAGCCCCACCGCCCCCCCGGCCAAACCCCAAACCGCCAAAACGACGCUCCCCUCCGCCUCCAGCCCAGCCAAAGAGUCGCUGCCCGAGAUCCUCCCUGGGCCAGGAGGCUCAGCGGUCUCCAGGCUUCAGUCUUCCACCACCAGCACAGAGGGCAGCACGCGAGAAAGCAUCGUGGGUUUGGCCCUAACGGGGGUCGGAGGGCUGCCCUUCAGUCGCAGGCGGCCGAGCGGGGAGGAGGCCAUCGCACAGAAAUGAGCGGGAGGUCUGCCUGAUGAGCCAUGAAUAAACAUGAGCAUGGAUUAGUGAGUAGGCGGCCUGCAGAUGGACAGUCUUCUUUUUACCCCACGGUGGCCAUUUUGCCGGCUACAAUAUCAAUAAGCAGCAGAAAUCCUGGUCAGAAACAAACGGGGACUCACUACCCCAC